CCUCAAUCAAAUAUCUGGAUCUGACCUUGUCUGUGCUAGGUCACCUCGCUUCAGGCAGGAGGGCAACAUUUUGAUCCCUUCUUUUUUAAUGUCUCAUUGGCGAGUUUUGCGGUGGAGAGCUUUCGCUAAAGAAUGGUUGUUAUAUGAUGCUUACAUGCAAUGCCCUAUGCUCUCUGGUGAAAGGAUAGCCAAAUAUUUGAAAGGAAAACAUAUCCGGUAUUAUGACCCUUACAAUGACUUUGGGAGUCAUGUUGUUGUUUUUAAUUCCAGACACAUCGCUGCGAAAGACAACAGUCGGUAUUGGAAGCGAUUUCUUUAUGCUAUACAUACAAGAUUUCCACGCCACCGUGUUGAAGAGACGAUGGAAGAAGUUCACCGUCGUGAUCCUACCGAAGUUAUUCGUCUAGAGACUAAAGCGAACCUAGGAAAUGGAGAAUCCCGUAAAUAUCAGUUAGAACGUCUUCAUAUAUAUCCUGACGGUAUUGAAACCGUGCCUAAGGAUAUUAUCGCGAAUGUUUCAGGAGUAAUUCCACAGGUUAUGAAAGUCCCUAAGUCUCUUAAUCAAUAUUCCCCUGAAGAACUUGAUGAAUUUCCUAAACUUUUUGAUUGGCCAGAGGAUUAUCAUGUCUCACCACUCAGUCCAAUCACAAUCAAGUUACUCAAAAGAGAAUCUAAAUAACUAUUAUGUAUUACAAUAUUGUUCAUAUCUGUACAUUGUAAUCACAUAGUUUACUUUAGUAUCAAUUGCUGAUUUUGUGAACAUGAUAUUCAUUAAUUUUUUUUACUUCAUGGGAUGGGAGAUUUACGAUAGUAUUCCUACAAAUGGAUGAUGAUAUGCAGUUUGUAAGCGGAAAUUAGAAAGCUGGUGUCGGCGAUCAAAGCUGUACACCGCCUCUUUGAAUCUGAGUCAAUAAGUCCUUGCACGUUGUUAGGCUUAAAGCUUAAGUCAUCUUAUUAUAAAUAAACGG